AUGGAGCUGGCGGCCCCCGGACCCGGCGCCACCGAGCGCCCCCGACUCCCGCCGCGCAGGUCCUGGCUGCUGCCGCCGCCCCUGCCGCCCCCGCCGCCGCCGCUCCUGCUGCUCCUGCUGCUGCUGCUGCUGCGGCCGGGCCCCGCAGCCUCCCAGCUGCGCUACUCGGUGCCGGAGGAGCAGGCGCCCGGCGCGCCCGUGGGGAACGUGGCGCGCGCGCUGGGGCUGGAGCUGCGGCGCCUGGGUCCCGGCUGCCUGCGCCUGAGCCAUCAGGGCGCGCCCAGCCGCCGCUACCUGGAGCUGGACCUGACGAGCGGCGAGCUGUUCGUCAACGAGCGCAUCGACCGCGAGGCGCUGUGCGAGCAGCGGCCUCGCUGCCUGCUCAGCCUGGAGGUGCUGGCGCACAGCCCCGUGGCCGUGAGCACCGUGGAGGUGGAGGUGCGCGACAUCAACGACAACUCGCCGCGUUUUCCGCGGCCCGAUUACCAGCUGCAGGUCAGCGAGUCGGUGGCGCCCGGGGCGCGCUUCCACAUCGAGAGCGCGCAGGACCCCGACGUGGGCACUAACUCGAUACAGACCUUCGAACUCAGCCCCAGCGAGCAUUUCGAGCUGGACCUGAAGCCUCUGCAGGAGAACAGUAAGGUGUUGGAACUGGUGCUCCGGAAGGGCCUGGACCGCGAGCAGGCCGCCUGGCACCAUCUGGUCCUCACCGCAGUCGACGGGGGCAGCCCGGCACGCUCAGGCACAGCCCAGAUCUCCGUGCGCGUCCUGGACACGAACGACAACUCGCCCACCUUCCACCAGUCCACUUACCGCGUCCAGCUUCGGGAGGAUGCGCCCCCGGGCACACUGGUGGUGAGGCUGAACGCCUCGGACCCGGAUGAGGGCUCCAACGGCGAACUCAGGUACUCCCUGAGCAGUUACACGUCGGAACGGGAGAGGCAGCUCUUCAGCAUCGAUGCCAGCACCGGGGAGGUGCGGGUGAGUGGGGCGCUAGAUUACGAGGAGGCCUCUGCCUACCAGAUCUACGUGCAGGCGACCGACCGGGGCCCGGUGCCCAUGGUGGGCCACUGCAAGGUGCUGGUGGACAUUGUGGAUGUGAAUGAUAACGCACCUGAAAUAGUGCUCAGGGACCUCAUAAGCCCCAUCCCAGAGAACGCGCCCCUCGACACCAUCGUGGCUUUUCUCAGUGUCAGCGACCGCGACUCAGGUGCCAACCAGAAAGUGAACCUGGGCCUGGAGGCUGGGCUGCCUUUCCGGCUGAAUGGCCUGGGAAAUUCCUACACACUGCUGGUGAGCGGCCCGCUGGACAGGGAGCGGGUGGCUGCCUACAACAUCACGGUGACCGCCACGGACGAGGGCGUGCCGCAGCUCACAUCCCAGCGGACCCUGCAGGUCAAGAUCUCAGACGUCAACGACAAUCCACCGAGCUUCCAGGAGGCCUCCUACUCUGUCUACGUCCAGGAGAACAAUCUGCCUGGUGCCUUGCUCUGCACCGUGCAAGCCACCGACCCAGACGAGAAGGAGAAUGCGGAGGUGACUUACUCCCUCCUGGAGAGGGAGCUUCAAGGGCUGCCUGUCACCUCCUAUGUCUCCAUCGACAGCACCAGUGGCAGCCUUUAUGCUGUCAACUCCUUUGACUACGAGAAGUUUCGGGAGUUCUAUGUGAUCGUGGAGGCCCAGGACAAGGGGCAACCACAGCUGAGCAGCACUGUGACGGUCAACGUGUACGUGGUGGACGUGAAUGACCAUGCCCCUCACAUCCUGUACCCUACCUCAACCAAUUUCUCCGUAGCUAUCGAGAUGAUGCCUCGAACUGCCCCUGCUGGCUAUCUGGUCACCAAAGUCAUAGCCAUGGACUCAGACUCGGGGCAGAACGCAUGGCUCUUUUACCACCUGGCCCAGUCCUCGGACCUGGAGCUCUUUAAAGUCGAGCUGCACUCGGGAGAAAUUAGGACUACCAGGAAGCUGGGUGAUGACAGUGGAAGCACUUUCAACCUGACGGUGAUGGUCCGCGACAAUGGGGAUCCCUCGCUGUCAGCCUCCGUGGCCAUUACAGUUGCCGUGGUGGACCGGGUCUCGCGACUCCUCCCGGAUCCUCAGAGGCAUGUAAAGGGUUCUCGGACAUACUCUGAAAUCACACUUUAUCUCAUCAUCGCACUAAGCACAGUGUCUUUUAUAUUCCUUUUGACAAUCAUUGUUCUGGGCAUCAUCAAGUGCUACCACUACACAGCAUACGGCACCACAUGCUGUGCAGGCUUUUGUGGCGUGAGGGAGCGGAGCCCUGUGGACCUGUACAAACAGGCCAAUAAUAACAUUGACUCCAGGAUACCUCACGGCCUCAAAGUACAACCUCACUUCAUUGAAGUGCGGGGCAAUGGCUCCCUCACCAAGACCUACUGCUAUAAGGCCUGUCUGACCGCUGGCUCAGGGAGUGAUACAUUCAUGUUUUACAACACAGGGGCACAGACAGGCCCGGGGCAAGGAGCAACUGGUGACAGCAGGCAGCACACAAAUCAAAGUAGACUGAGUGCUGGGAACCUGAUUAUUCUUAAAAAUGAGGCUGUUCCUCCCAAUGAGCCGCGACAGCCCAACCCUGACUGGCGUUACUCUGCAUCCCUGAGAGCCGGCAUGCACAGCUCUGUGCACCUGGAGGAAGCCGGCAUUCUACGGGCUGGGCCAGGAGGCCCCGAUCAGCAGUGGCCAACAGUAUCCAGUGCAACACCAGAACCAGAGGCCGGAGAGGUGUCCCCUCCAGUAGGUGCUGGUGUCAACAGCAACAGCUGGACAUUUAAAUACGGACCAGGCAACCCCAAACAAGCUGGUUCCGGUGAGUUGCCAGACAAAUUCAUUAUCCCAGGAUCUCCUGCAAUCAUCUCCAUCCGGCAGGAGCCUACUAACAGCCAAAUUGACAAAAGUGACUUCAUAACCUUCGGCAAAAAGGAGGAGACCAAGAAAAAGAAGAAAAAGAAGAAGGGUAACAAGACCCAGGAGAAAAAAGAGAAAGGGAACAGCGCGACCGAUAACAGUGACCAGUGAGGUCACUUCAUUUGGAAAAAAGCCACUUAGCCCAUUUUUGUAACCUCGGCAAUCCUCCCAUGUAGCGAUACCCUCCCUUCUCCUGUCCACCCGCAUCCUCCUAUAGACCUCAGACAUCUGCAGGAAGUUCCCCUGUCUGUCUAGAUCGCAUGUAUCAGGUUUUUGUCUUUAAAAGCUUUACUAAGUCUGGUGUUAACUCUUUCUCUCCACUCUGGCUUGUUUGCAGAACCUAAAAAGCAGACCCAAGUUUUUCUCCUCCGCCGCAAAGGAGAGGCUUCCCAGCCCCGCCAGUGAGAGGUUGGACUCUCUGCCCUGUGAUCCGGGGAUCCUGUCUUGAUGACACUUGCAGGGCAGGCUGAAAGGCUUUGAGAUUGAGCAGCUUGGGUAUCUGUGAGUGCCUGAUAUUGGCUGGGAUGGACUAGAUUAGACCAGUUGGUGGUGCAAAGCGGCCUGAGAAAAAAGAGGCAAAUGAAAACAAUGGGCAUUACCAGUCUGGAGGGGAAAUGUGGAUUGGAAAGGGAACAGACUUUCUAAAUCUUACAAGAGGCAUUGGCCAUUCUAGCAGACAAAACUGCCCUGCUGACAGGCUUUAGGCAAACCCAUCAAGUCUGUUAGCUGUGGGGUUACUGUCUUGAAAACCUGCACUAGUCCUGCAAGCCAAAAGUGCAGUGUUCACAGGGCCUGCGGGGUAACAGAAGCAGAUCUGAUAUAUUUCUUCUAUAUGUGCUUGUGCUCACUUUAUGAGACCUCCUUUGCACACGAUGUUUAUGAAAACGUCAAUCCUUUUCCAACACAUAUGCAAAAACUAAAGAAAAAAGUAAAAACCCCAACACCUCAGUUUAUGCAGUUUGUUGUUUGAUAAGAUUUAUUUAAAGAGAAAAAUCUAUUACUAUAUAAGUCUUUAAAGAGAAAUAAAAUGACUACAACUCCCCUAAACUCUCCUCAAAAGAAAAUUCAGUCUACAGCCAUUGCAAUGAUCAUUGCUGCUACAGAAGUGCUUUAAGAGAAUUGCCUGAAACAUCUGUAUUAUAUCGACCACCUGCCAAUCACAGCUUUACUCUUUCAGGUCACUCUGGGGCUGCCCCUUGCAUGUAUUAAUAAAAGGAUCUUUUUCUCUCUUUUCUAAGAAAUAAUUAUGUGCACUUUGAAUACACAAUUUCUCUAGACAGCUCUAUCAAGUUCCAGAAAUUGAAAAAAAUAUUGUUUUCUCAUACAUACAGUGAGCAGACUUUUCAAUCCUCUAAUCCUGUGAUCUGUCUUGGUGUGUUAGACUACACCUUCUCCUUGGUUUAGUUUUCUAUAACACUCUGAAUUGCUAAUCUUGCUAACUUCUAUGAUGUUACCUGAGAUCAAUCUCCCAUAUGUAUGCUGUAUGCUAUUAUAAGACUCCUGAAAUAUACUUACUCUGUGCUUGUGUAUGUAAAUGUUAAUGCAACUAUUACCUAGAGUGAACUUUUAAACUUUAUUGUUGAAUGUACUUCCAUUCUAUUUCCUUUUGUACACCUGUGAAAAGUGGAGUAGUGUUUUUUUAAUCAUUGUUAAUCAGCUUUUGUGUAUGAAAGACACAGUAAAAUUUCUUUCUUAAAUCAAGAUACUGGUGAUUCAAGGAAUUUUAUUUAUGGUCAGCCAAGAACCAACUCUUGCCAAGACACCUAUUGGCAAGGGAAUGGAUAAAGCUGUUUUUUUUCUAGUAACAAUUCUGGAAUGAAUACUGAUGAUAUUCCCUGAGGGUAUGCAAGCACAAAACUGACCAAUCUAACCUCUAGAAGAAUGCUUUGAAAGUAUGCCAUUUGGAAUAUCAGCUCAUGAUUAAAUUUACUGUCACAUUAAAUAAGAAAUUUUAACUUUGCUAAAAUGUACAAUUUAGCCAUUUGACUAAUAUAUUCUUUUGAAAUGAUAUAAAAGAGAUAGGAGUCUUUUACUAAAACAAAAGCAUUAAAUUUCAAAAAAAAUCUUGUUUGUCUACUCUUAGCUUCAUUCUCCCAUAUUUUGAAGGGUGUGUAACUUCAGCUCUGCAGGAUUGCAUGGGGUAAAAUUUGUCACUAACCCACGUAAACCAUUGCUACAUUGUAGGUUGUGAUCAUUUGGCCCCACUGAAACCAUGUAUCUGACCUUACUGUGCCUUUUGAAUACUAGGAGAAUGGGGCUAAUUUAUUGAUUAUUAUGUAUCUGUAUAGCACUUAUUACAUUUGCAAAGUGCUUUCAAAUCCAUGUUAGUUACUAGUUAUUACAGCUGUAAGGAUAAACACUUCAUGUGGAUUCAUUUUAAUUGGUGCUAUUGGUAUUUCCUCUGUUAUUGCUAAUAAAUGAAAAAUGGUGGUAUGAAA